AUGAUACUCCUGCCGCUGUGGUCCAAGUACUUUUCUCCCAGCCAAUCCUGUUGCAGGGGGAAAAAACCGCUGCCUCCCACCGAUCAACCUCCGUUUCUGCCGGUGAUAUCCCUUUUGGUCUGCUCUGUCGUCUCUUUCCUUUCUGUUUCAACGGAAUCUCCCUCUCCGCCUCUUCCCUUCUCUUUCCCUCCCUCCACCAAGAAAAAAGCAUGUUCUCUGCACUCCGACUUGAGAGGCGUACGAGGGAGCUAUGCAAGAGCUACGGCAAGGACUGGGGUCUGGUCCUACUCGUGCUCGCGGCAUUUUCCCUCAUUGACCAGGUCGAGCCAUUCCAUCGCCAAUUCUCGGUCAAGGACAUCACCAUUCAGCAUCCCUUUGCCAAACAGGAGACCAUUCCGGACUGGCUACUCCUUAUCCUGGCAUUCCUGCUGCCGCUGGGUAUAAUCGUUCUAAUUGCCGUAUUUCAGAGGAAGUCCUAUACGGACUUGCACAAUGGCUUCUUGGGCCUGUUCCUCACCCAGGCCUUGGUUCUCAUUGUCACGGAUAGUGUCAAGAUCACAGUCGGUAGACCGAGGCCAGACUUUCUCGACCGAUGCCUAUCCCUGUAUGACAACACCUAUGCUGGCACGCCAUUGCAUCUCCUUACGGACCCGCCUAACCUCCUGUCCAACUCGAGCAUCUGCACGCGGGCGGAUCUCCUUCGGGAUGGUUUUAAAGCUUUCCCCUCUGGCCACUCAUCCUUCUCAUUUGGAGGACUCGGAUACGUGUCCAUGUACUUAGCCGGCAAACUGCAUCUGUUUGAUGAGCGCGGCCAUAUUUACAAGUCGCUCGUAGUUCUAGCGCCAUUGAUAUUGGCUGCGCUGAUUGCGACCUCCAGAGUAUCGGACUACAGACAUCACUGGGAAGACGUGACGGCAGGCUCCUUUAUCGGUGGAGUUUUCGCUGUCUUUGCCUACCGCCAGUACUACCCCUCCCUAGGCUCUGUGAAGUCCGAUCGUCCAUUCUCGCCAAGAGUCCAGGAGGAACUCUUGCCUGUGGGCAACCUCAUAGGAGCUUUUCAUAGUCGUCAUAAUCGCUAUAGAGAUGCCGAUGACGAUAUGAAUGGCUUGCUUGAUGGUGAUGAUACUAUCGCCCAUGAUUCACCAGAGAGUGGUGGAUCGGACUUAGGAUUUUCACAGUUCUUCCGACGAGACCCCGAUGAUAACAUGCCGACCGGAAAUGGUCAACGAGGUCCAAACAAAAACCAUGGGAACAGUGGCACAGACGGGCGCUCCGUUGCUGUUUGAGGAACCACGCGUUUUUGGUGGAAAGAUACCCAACCUUCAACUCAUGCCAUUUAUUACAUGUAAAUAAACCCUUUGAUCGUCACGACUUGGCACC